UCAUGUCUUUCCACUCCUUUUCCUUUACACCAUUUCUUCAUAUUGAAGAUAAAUAUGAUGGUGUCAAUAACUUUGACCCAUCUGGAACAUCAGAAGAUACUUUUAACCUUUUAGCUGAUAACACACAAUCAUUUGUUUUAAAUGAGAAAGAGUCUUUAAAUAUGACUUUUGCAAACUGGAAAAAACUUGACGAAUGGCUUGAAAAUCAUGAAUUAGAACAAGGCUUUGCAUUUACGAUUACCCAUAGUGAUAAAGAUAAGGAUGAUGAUUUUCCUUGA